AUGCACUUUGUUUCUCGACUCCGACAGGAGUUUCCGGCCGUCCAUCUCGCCAGACAGCUUAAAUCUACUUAUCCAUCUAUCUAUCGACCAUCAGCAUUUGCUAGAUAUCAUUGGACUCUGUUGGGAUCAUGCCGACACGCCUCGUCAUCCACUGCUCACACUCUGCGCGGCGACUCGUCGAAAUGGACGCGUAAAACCAUCCGUUGGUCACUCGUUACAUCCGGACUAGUUGGGUUGGCUUUUGCGUGGGAUUAUUUCUAUGGCGCACAUACACUCGAGCGCAACACACGGACGCUAUGGAAUGGAUUGAUGCUCGUCUUGGAUUACAAACUCAACUAUGACCCAAAUAAUCUCGACAAAAUGAACAACGUCCACGAACGUGCCGCCGCGCGUCUUUUGCACGUCUGCAAGAAGAAUGGUGGCCUCUACGUCAAAGCCGGACAAGCGAUCGGAAUCCAAGUCGCCAUCCUCCCAAAGCCCUACCACGUCCUCGCACAGCUUUUCGACUCUGCGGAACCAAUCCCACUCGACGCCGUCCGAAACGUCAUCUAUUCCGAGCUCGGCAUGUGGCCAGAAGAGAUUUUUGCCGAAUUCGAUUCGGUUCCUAUUGGAUCUGCGAGCAUUGCCCAAGUUCAUCGGGCUAAAUUACAUACUGGCGACCUCGUCGCCGUCAAAGUCCAACGGCCCGAUAUCCGCAAACACGCCAAAUGGGACCUCCUCGCCUUUCGAACACUGAUGCGCGUCUACGAACGCGUCUUCGACUUGCCACUCUCCUUUGCCUCGCAGUACAUUUCGGACCAAAUCGAACUCGAAACGCAUUUCGAUCACGAAAGGGAGAAUACGGAGAGAAUUCGGCAUCAUGUGCUGUAUGAUGUUCCCAAGCGACUACGUGGGGGUGUAGCGUAUGUCCCGGCGGUCUAUGGCGCGUUUAGUACGCCGAGGUUGCUUGUCUCAGAGUAUAUCGAUGGUGCGGUCCGCAUGACGGAUGUCAAGGGUCUUGAAGAGCGGUUGGGUUUGGAUGUCAACGAGGUGAUGAAGAGUGUGUGCGAGGUGUUUGCUGCGCAAGUGUUUAGAUGGGGGUUCGUUAAUGCAGAUCCCCACCCCUCGAAUGUUCUCAUUCGCCGGCAUCCAAAGAGACCUCACACUCACCAAGUCGUGCUGAUCGACCAUGGGCUCAGUAUCCCACUACCACCAAAGUUCCGACGUCAAUAUCUCAACCUGUGGAAGAGCCUGUUUACAAACGACACUGAGGGACUGAAAGAGGUCUGUAAUCAAUGGGGGAUCGACCUCGGCGACGACGGGUUCGGGAUGCAGGCCAUGGGGAGUGCCGUCUUGCUCCAGGGUUGGUCCAAGUCGAGUGGCCCGAAACGACGUGGUGCAAAGGGCGUGAAGGGUGCGCAGCCAGUACUAUCGAAAGAGGAGAGGCAGAAGAAAGAGUUGGAGAUUCAGCGGCAGAUGAAGGCGACGGUCAAGCGGUUUUUGCAAAACUACGAGUUGAUUCCAAAGGAGCUCAUCUUCCUUGGGCGCUCGAUGAGAAUCAUCCAAGCGAACAAUCAGCUCUCCGAUGCUCAGGCCGUCGGAAGUCCAGUCGACCGCAUCCGUAUCCUCGCCCGUGGCGCCAGCGACAGUCUCUACUCCAUUACACUUUUUCCUCCACCCGAACUGCGAGACACUUCACCUCAGCGCAAGUCGUUCCUCGCGACCUAUAUCGAUGCGAACAUUGAGUGGUACCGCUUCCGCGCCGCCAUCACCGGAUUAAACGUCGCAUUUGGAUCCUGGGGAGUCUUCUGGGGAGUUCUCUGGGUAUAUAAACUCUGGGUGGACGUCAAGAUGGUCCUCGGGCUCAAGACGACCCAAAGUCAGAAGGCUCUGGUAGGAGAGGCAGACGAAGAGGAUCCGUUCCAGCAGCAUAUGAUAGACAUGGCAAAGGAGAUGGGCGUCGAGAUUGACGAAAAUGUGUUUAUGGGAUAG